UGCGAUAUCUGGCAGUAGGAUACUUAGGUAGCUAUUCGUAACCUAUCCUCAUCUUCGUGGCCGAUGCUAGACGUAGACGAGAAUGCCUUAUCCUUUAUUGGUCAGCCUAGACUAGCAGAUUGAUCGGCAAGUGUUGGCGUUUUCUGUAGGAAUAGGUAUGUAUAUUCCUUGAAGUCGAGUGCCACAGCGGUAAGCUGGCCACCACCAAAUGCAAGAGCUUUGGGUGUGAUAACUUUGAGUGCCUUGUAUUGUCUAUUCCUGCCCUGUCCUGCCCUGCCCUGCCCUCAUGGAUUGCUAAGUAGUUCCGAGUUGAGGUUAGCCUUACUCUCGAAGCGAGUAAAGCUGAUAACUUUGAAUGAUCUAUGGUAUUAUCGCGUACCAGCCAGUGUGAUAAAUAUUGGCGGAUAUGCAUGACCUACAUCUGGGAAACUUGCGCAAAAUGUGUGCCUAUUAUCAUAUUAUCUGCUUCUCAGACCAGUCUCAACCUUAAGACAGCUUUUAGGCCGUCAAAACCAAUAUGAGUUUUGGUGUAGGCUUCGGUGAUUUGGUGCUCGCUUCCAAACUGGCCUGGAAUGUAUACAAAGCAUGUAAAGAUUCGGGCGAAAAUUUCAAACGUUUGUCAAACGAAGUGGCCUCCUUACACGUCGUACUCAAAGAGACCGAGGACUAUAUCGAUGAAUUUCCGGAGCUGGGCACUUCUCGAAAGAAUCGUUUAAACAUUUUGACCGAUGGUUGCAACGCGACGUUAGAGGAUCUGCAGAAGCUGCUCAAGUCAUAUGAGCGACUUGGGACGCAAGCCCAAAGGACUUGGGACCGGAUGCGCUUCGGGCUAGAAGACCUUGCUGAUAUUAGAUCUCGCUUGGUGAGCAAUGCAACACUCUUGACAGCCUUUAAUAGCACUCUGGUCAACUCAUCGACGACGAGGAUCGAAAAGAAGCUAAAUAAGUUCAUCUGCGAAGUACGUGCCGGAUAUCGGGAAGGAUCCGUUGUUACCACCCCGGACGUUGUCGAGACGAUCGAAUCUCCCGAUGUAUGGGCCCAACUGCGGCGUGAACUUGAGGACAUCGGCAUCUCGCCGGCCAUCAUGGAAGAAAAUCACGAAUAUAUAUCGAACUGGAUGAAGUCGGUUCUAGCACAGGGGCUCGUUAAUGAGGAUCCCGUCGCAGAAUUAAACAAGACAGUCUCUCCCGACUCUGGCUAUGGCGGUAGUAUCAUCUCGUCGUCUGCUGAUAUUAUUACAGCGAACGAACAGUUUGAGUUGGACAUGCGAAAGAAGCAGGCCGGAAGGCCUCUAGACGAGGUUUUCAAACCACUCACCGUCGAAUCCACCGCCCCGUCGGUCAGGAAGAAGUCAAUCACAGACCCUACCAGACUUAUCCGAAAGCUCUUUGUGAAGGAUGAUGCACUUGUACAAGCGGCCAGUGAUGGCGACAUCGAUAAAGUUGCAAAGUUGCUCAGCAUCGGGUGCAACGUGAAUGCAAAAGAUCGAUGGGGUUGGUCAGCACUCAGCAUGUGUGCGUACGGGGGACAUCUCGCCAUAGCCCGGCUCCUCCUUGAGCACGGGGCUGACCUGUACAACGUCGAUGUCGACGGUGACACACCGAUGCAGAUAGCUACAACCCGCGGUCACUCGGAAGUGGCUAUCCUGUUCGAUGAAGCACAGGCCGAGAGAGAUCGCCUAGCUCGGGAACUAGAUACUGAGCCAACAGCGAAAUGAACCAGCCACACCUCAGUAGCGCGGCGAAGGAUUUAUUCGUGAUGUAGCUCGGAUGAUUCGCAUACCCGCUAACACUCGAACAUAGUUGAGACAUUAGGUAUAACUUGAGCUUGUUUGUUCAAAGAACAAUUCUUUAUAUGAUCAUUAUUAUUGCUUUAUUCAUGCGUUCCUUCGUAUUUCUUACAUUCUUCUUUCGGUUGCCACUUUUCAGUCUAAACGGGGGUCACCGUGGUGGCAUGAUGUAUGAUUUAUGAUUUGUCAAGAGUCCGAGAGUUGGCAUUGUGUUAUUAAUGGAACCAUGUCUCAGUCACUACAUUAGGUCUUAUUUUUGUCAAAAAAUAACCGCUGCCUAAUG